AAAAAAUCAAUAUACGAACGUUUUUUCUUUAUUCCUGGUCCUCAAACAGGGGUAAAGCUUCGAUUCUUGUUGUGGUUAAGGUUACUCGACGAUGACUCGACGGUUGAUUCCUCUUUGGACGCAGCCUACAAGACACACAAAACAAAAAAGCAACAAAAACAACAGCAACUUUUCGGCGCUGUGGGACCAAUCGCUUCCCAGGAAAAUGUGACUGCUAGGAAUUCCCCCAACAUUAUUGGAGAGGACGUCAGCUUUGUGCCGGACAGGCAGCCGCGGCAGGAGCCUUCAACCGGUGGACGCUCAUGUCGCCUCGGCUCUUUCCGUCUCGGGAUCAUGGUUUUCUUAUUUUACAUUUGUCACUCCCAAAGACGGGAACGUCGAGGUGAUUCUCGUCUUCCAAAGAAAACCUGGAGUCCUCAUUGAACCCUGUUAUCUCCAUUGUUCAAAUGACACAUGGGUGUGGUUACCAGCAGUGCCAGUGGAGGAAGGUGUAGAUGCCGCAGGUGGAUCCCGAACGGGAGCAGGGUGCUUCCAGCAGGGCCAGACUAAUCUUCUAAAUCUCAGCUCUCUGAAGAGAAGGCCGGAGACCGUUUUGCGCCGUGAGCAUCCGCUUCGGGCCUCUGUGGGGAGAGCUACCCUGCGGAGAAGGAGCCAAGAGUGGUCACCACCAUGACCACAGCAAUGCAGCCCAAUGAACUGGUGUUUGAAUUUGCCAGUAACGGGAUGGAUGAAAUCAACCAGCUGGAUGACCCUUCCGUGUUCCCGGCCGUAAUUGUGGAGCAGGUGCCCGCUACGGAUCUGCUGCAGGUGUAUUCUGGUCUGGAGUCUGACGAGGUGACCAAUGGCAUCAUGAUGGAUAAUGCCCUGCACGUGGCGGAGGCGCCCUCAAUCCUCGUAGGAGGAGUGGACCUCUCUGAAACAGUCUCAGGUGCCGAGGACAGCAUGGAGACAAACGAGGCCGCUGCAGCUCUCCUCAACAUGGAGUCUCCAAACAACAUACUGGACGAGAAGCGCAUGCUUCACCCCUACGGCACGAUGCUGGAGGGGGACCUGACGUACACGCCCCUACGGCCCGACCACAUGGAGAACGGAGCCCUUGACCUGUCGCUGGAUGAGGACACCUCAUCCAUGGACGAGAUCACGCAAAAGUGUCCCUUGAAGCCCCAGAAAAAAAAUCAAGUGAGGAAGCCCCGAGCGGUACGCUCCUGCUCUCCCAUCUCUACCCCGAACCUUCCACUGAGGAAGAAGAGCAAAGAGGGCAAAGGCAGCACCAUCUACCUGUGGGAGUUCCUACUGGCUUUAUUGCAGGACAAGAACACAUGUCCCAAAUACAUCAAAUGGACACAGCGGGAGAAAGGCAUCUUUAAGCUGGUCGACUCCAAGGCCGUCUCCAAGCUAUGGGGCAAGCACAAGAACAAGCCCGACAUGAACUACGAGACCAUGGGACGAGCGCUCAGGUACUACUACCAGCGAGGCAUCCUGGCUAAGGUGGAGGGUCAGCGUCUCGUCUAUCAGUUCAAGGAGAUGCCGGCCGACCUGGUGGUGAUCGAGGAUGACGACGUGGGGUCCAACGGUCACAACGAGAAUGGCGCCCAAAAAUCCAGCAACGGGAGGUCUGUGGCGCGGGGGGGCUCCAGAGGGAGGGCUCACCAGCAGAGCAAGCAGAUGAAGAAAGAGCCCAUGGAGCAAUGUCUGCAGCAGGAAGUGCAGGGAGGACAAGCUGAGCAACUACUGCAAAUCCUGCAGGGCAACCAGGGGGCAGACGUGGCGCAGGCUAUGAGGGCCCUCAAUGCUUCUGCUUCACUCCCGGUUGUCUUGACAUCGUCCGCUUCUCUUCAGCCCCUCCCCCUCACCACCGUUCUCCCCCACGGGGACUCUACUCACUGCUCCAGCCCUCGCGUCCUCCUCCACUCCAUGCCCCCUCCCACCACCGAGGCCGGCGACGUGCUGACCCUCCAGGCGGCCAACGGCCUGCAGGAGGACCUCCCCCAGCAGCUGCUAGUCACCAGCCUCGUUCCGUCUGCCAUCUCUUCCUCCUCCGGCACCUGCACGUCACCCAUCGCCCCCGCCUCCAGCCUCCCCCGCCUGCUCACCAUCAACACCACCUGCGGGCAGACCAUGGUGGCGCAGCAGCCCGGCACGGUCAUCGCCACCGUACUGAAAUCAGGCGAUUUGUGUGGGUUCCAGGUAAAGGAGGAGAUGCUCGACUCCAGCUAUUUCGAGUCCAUAGUCGACGGCGACCCUUCCCUGGCUAACACGUUUGCCAAGGAGGAGAUGGACGUCGGCGAGGCGGAGCUGCAGUACCGGACUGUGAUCAUAGACAGCAGUCAUACCCACGGGCAGGAGCUCGCCAGCGAGACGGUGUUCAACGGACUCUCUUCCCAGAGCAGCAGCCCGUGCGAAGGCCUCACCCCCGUGGAGGAGCUGGAAGUGCGAGGGGAGAUGUCCCUGCAGCCCCAGCAACCCAUCAAAGGCCUGCAGGAGCUGCCCGCAAACUUUAUCCAGAUAAAGACAGAGCCUGCAGAGCCCUGACAGGCUUCUGUUUCUUCUCCUCAAGCGCAACCAAAAAGCAACACGUGGACCAUUUGGACUCAAUAUGUGGUUGUUUUUAUUUUUUCCCCACAAUGCUGCAAUCUGAUCCAAGAUCAGAUGUCGCUCCUUAAAGGUUGCUCAGUUCAGCCUCAGGAUUCAGUCGUUUACUCAC